GUUUGCCCGCUAACAUCGAAAUUUCUUGAAAUCGAAAGUUCUGGCCAAACAAAUUGGAACAAUGAGCGCGCAUUCGUCAAGUGAGAGAAUAGAGAAAUGUACAUACUUUGAUAACGUCGCGGUAAUCUCUCAGCACGUCGGAAUGGUUGCUCCGCCAGCUGUGAGUAUAAAUACACCGGCACUCGCGAUUACCGGCAUAGUUGAAUUUCAAACUGCUACAAGUAAAAAAGCGUUAAACAAGCGCGCAAAAAACCUCAAGCAAAAUCUGAAACAAAUUUGUUAAUAAAAAACAAAGUUAAAGAACUGUUUUUGAAGUUUUCUAUUCUCGAGAAGUGAAUAAACUAAAUACAAAAGUAAAAAUGUCAUCUCUACCAUUGAUCUUGAGCUUGGCUGAUGACUUGAGCCGCUUGACACCAUUCUACGAACCAGUGUUCUACACUCAGUGGCCAGCAAUCAAAACUUCCCAAAAUGGUCGUUUGCGCAAAUUGGAUAAAGAUUUGCCAUUAGCUACAAUUGGAAAGGAUGGGUUCCAAGCCAGUAUGGAUGUACAGCAGUUCAAGCCCAGUGAGUUGAGUGUGAAGGUGGUCGAUGAUCACAUCGUGGUUGAGGGUAAACAUGAGGAGCGUGAAGAUGAUCAUGGUUACAUCUCACGACACUUUGUCCGUCGUUACGCUUUGCCGAAAGGAUUCAAGUCCGAUAAAGUGGUUUCCACACUGUCUUCGGAUGGCGUCUUAACAGUUAGUGUGCCAAAGCCAGCUAUCGAGGAUAAGUCCAACGAGCGUGUGAUCCAAAUUCAACAAACUGGAC